ACAGGUAGACAGGGGAUGCCAGGGGAGAAGGGAGACAUCGGGGUAGAUGGAAAUUUGGGAGACCCCGGCCCUGUGGGGUACCGUGGAAUGAAGGGCGACCGUGGUGGAAGAGGUGACAAGGGCGAGAGAGGCCAUAAAGGCUACAAGGGAGACAAAGGACAACGGGGAACAGAUGGAGUUGAUGGACGUAAGGGUGAUCCAGGCUUUUCUGGUCUAGCCGGCUGUAAAGGUUCCCAGGACCUGACGGCUCACAGGGAGACGGCGGUCCUAAGGGAGAUCCUGGUCCAUACGGAACCAAAGGAACUAAGGGAGAUCAGGGGAAAGACGGAGAACCUAGACGACCCGUAACUACGGACUGCCCGGAAUCAAG